UGUCAACGUGGCUCUUUGGAUUCAAGCUGCCUGAGCAGACUGCAAGGGUCGUCUGCAGAAAGAAGGAAUCAACAGUGCCAGGUUCCAGCGUGUGUUCCAAGUUCCACAUUCUGCCUGCAGACUCCCGGCGCCAGAGCAAAGGCCGGCCCUUGGCAGGGGACUGCUAAGGGUUUAUCUGCUAAGGAAGUGAAAUUCUGGAAACACUCCUGAAACUCUGCCCUAAAGCAGAAGAACCAUGGCCCUGAGUGAUGUUGAUGUCCAGAAGCAGAUUAAGCAUAUGAUGGCUUUCAUUGAACAAGAAGCCAAUGAGAAGGCAGAAGAAAUAGAUGCCAAGGCUGAAGAAGAAUUCAACAUUGAGAAAGGACGCCUUGUGCAAACCCAGCGACUAAAGAUUAUGGAGUAUUUUGAGAAAAAGGAGAAGCAGAUAGAGCAGCAGAAGAAAAUCCAGAUGUCCACCAUGAGGAAUCAGGCAAGGCUGAAAGUCUUGAGAGCCCGAAAUGACCUUGUCUCAGAGUUGCUGAAUGAUGCAAAGCUGAGACUCAGUAGGAUUGUGAUAGACCCACAAGUCUACCAGGGACUGUUGUAUAAACUAGUGCUCCAGGGUAUGCUCCGACUGCUGGAGCCUGUGGUAAUUAUUCGCUGUAGGCCACAGGACCAUCUCCUGGUGGAGCGGGUAGUGCAAAAAGCCAUCCCUGAAUACAAGGCAAUCUCCCAAAAACGUGUUGAAGUCCGAGUUGAUCAAGAGGUUCACCUCGCUAUGAAUGCAGCUGGGGGCGUGGAGAUCUACAGUGGCAAUCAGAGAAUAAAGGUUUCCAAUACUCUAGAAAGUCGACUGGAUCUCUUAGCCCAGCAAAAGAUGCCAGAAAUACGAAAGGCCUUAUUUGGAGCCAAUCCCAACAGGAAGUUCUUUGAAUGAGCCUCUGAGAAGUGAAGAUCGUGUUGAACUGCUAAGCCAUAAAAGCAUAAGUUAUUAAGACAAAAG